CCGCCAAACUGUACAAUAUGGGUCCACCACCAAAUUGGGCGCAAAACAUAUGCGAUUGCCAGCUAAAAUCAAUACUUUUUCACAAGACCAGCCAAACAACGCAGUAACUGUGUAUGUUCAUUAAAAACUCAAAAACAAUUGCACAAAACUUAAUUUAAGCCGAUGCAAAUAGAUGCAAAUUGCAGCCUACAGUUUAGAUGCCAUUGGAAUAAUGCGUAAAGCGCAAUUUUAAGCAAAAGAUUAUUUAACCAACAACAAGAAGAGCAGCUAGCAGAGACGAACACUUUCAAUUUAGAAAGAGAGCACCAUGUCCAAGCCACCGACGGACACCUCGGGCUUGGGCUAUGCUUACCAUCUGCCAUCCGGGGGCCUUUUGUUGCGCCUCAAGAAUUCGUUAUCGCAGUUUAGCGACUUAUUCAGCGAGUUCAACAAAUACAUUUCACCUGCCUUCUUUCACGACCGCUGCGAGCGAUCCGUCCACAUGCGCAUGUAUUCCAUGCACAAGCGCGAAUUCGUGAUGGUCUUCCUCGGCUUCUUUACCUGCUUCGGUUUGGGCAUUAUUAUCGGUCUAACUGGGCCGCCAAUAACCACAACAGAUGCUCUGACCGCCCAACAGAUUCUGGCCAAUACAACGCUGGCAAUGAGUAAAACGGUGCUGGCCACCGGUCCCUUUGCCAUGAAAUCCCCCCUGAUGACGACUUAUUCGCAGCAGAUGUGGCUAAUUGCCAAGCUGGUCACCGACAACAAUGAUGAUGAGCGCUAUGACAAGAGUUUCCAAAUUAGCGUCACCAUCGAUGGCAUCAACGAGCAGCACAAACCGCUGACUGUGCUGGGAGCCAGCACGGCUCACAAUCGGACGAGGCACUUGCUCUGCGUGCGCAACGAUUGCGAGGAGUUUACUGUGAUGCAUUUGGGCUUCCUGGACUAUGCCCACUACAUCAUCACGGUGCGUUUCAUGGGCCUCGAAUCGUUCCAUCAGAAGUACAAUAUCAGGGCCAUAACCUUUUAUUUCAAGACAUAUAGUCCGGAAUUUACACAGAUUGAGAUCUGGUUUCGGUUCAUCUUUCUGCUCUUCACCUUUAUCGUUAUAUGCUGGUAUGCACACACUCUGCGCAAGUAUCCUGUCUACGACUGGUCCAUUGAGCAGAGAUGGAUAUCCUUGCUGCUGCCCCUUCUGCUGCUCUACGAUAAUCCGUUCUUUCCGUUGAUCUUCCUGAUGAACUCGUGGCUGCCUGGCAUGCUGGAUGCGGUGCUGCAGGCGACAUUCCUUUGCGCCCUGCUCAUGUUCUGGCUGUGCAUCUAUCACGGCUUACGACAGAAUGAGCGACGCUUCGUUAGCUUCUAUCUGGUCAAGAUCAUUGUCGUCCUGCCCAUUUGGCUGUGCGCCAUUGUGCUCGCCACCUGGGAGAAGUGCAACGAGCUGCGUGAUCCCACAUACAGUCACUUUGUGGACACUAAGAACUACAAUGGCCUCAAGAUGUUCUUCUACAUUGCCUGCUGCAUGUAUGUGAUUUAUCUGGGCCUGCUGCUGCUACGUGCCUACACAGAACUCCGUUCCAUGCCCUACUUUGACAUACGGUUAAAGUUUCUCACGCUGCUGAUGCUCUUUGUGUUGUCCAUUUCGAUAACGGUGACAACUUCUCGCUUUGGCUUUGGCAUACUGGAGGAUAACUUUGUGGCCACACUGAACACCACUUAUCGGAGUUCGGCCCAGUUUAUGUGUUUCUACGGGCUAUUAAAUUUCUAUCUGUACACCAUGGCGUAUGUGUAUUCGCCCGAUGGUCGCUUUGCCCAGGCUGAUUUGGCUGUAACCAAGGAUAAUCCGGCCAUUUCAAUGAUUGACGAUUCCGAUGAGGAUGUUGUCUACGGCUCCGACGAGGAGUCGCGACGUCCCCUCACCUCUGUGGGUGGCGCUGGCAAAAAUGACUACGACAGCGAUUAACAACAAUUGUUUGAACGUAUCGUAAUUUAAGCGUUAAUGUUCCACAGGUGGCGAAACCCAAACAACAACGCUACAUUACUGAACAAAUUACUUAUUCUACAAGUAUAGCAUUGAACCCAGCGUUUUCAAUUUCCCCUUACCUACAUAUAUUUGAAGUAAACUUAAUUGGUAAACUA